UGGGGCCGAGAGCGGUUCGCGCGCUUCGGGCCUAGUCCGGACUCGCCGCCGCCGCCGCCAUAUUCCCGGUAACGGGGGCGCGCGGCCGGGGGCCGGCUGGGCCGGAAGAGGGCUCGGGGCCAGCGCUGAAACUGGGAGGGGGAUACCGCAGUGGCAUCUUCCUUACUUUGUCCGUUCUCCGGUCUCGCGAUCUUCCUUCCGGAGCCAUGUCAGAAGGAGUGGACUUGAUUGAUAUAUAUGCUGACGAGGAGUUCAAUCAGGACCCAGAGUUCAACAAUACAGAUCAGAUUGACCUGUACGAUGACGUGUUGACAGCCACCUCACAGCCCUCAGAUGACAGAAGCAGCAGCACUGAGCCACCACCUCCUGUUCGCCAGGAGCCAUCUCCCAAGCCCAAUAACAAGAGUCCUGCGAUCCUGUACACGUACAGCGGCCUCCGCAAUAGGCGAGCUGCUGUUUACGUGGGCAGCUUCUCCUGGUGGACCACAGACCAGCAGCUGAUCCAGGUUAUUCGCUCUAUAGGAGUCUAUGAUGUGGUGGAGUUGAAAUUUGCAGAGAAUCGAGCAAAUGGCCAGUCCAAAGGGUAUGCUGAGGUGGUGGUAGCCUCUGAAAACUCUGUCCACAAAUUGUUGGAACUCCUUCCAGGAAAAGUUCUUAAUGGAGAAAAAGUGGACGUGAGGCCGGCCACCCGGCAGAACCUGUCACAGUUUGAGGCACAGGCUCGGAAACGUGAGUGCGUCCGAGUCCCAAGAGGGGGAAUACCUCCACGGGCCCAUUCCCGGGAUUCUAGUGAUUCUGCUGAUGGACGGGCCACGCCCUCUGACAACCUUGUACCCUCAUCUGCCCGUGUGGAUAAGCCCCCCAGUGUGCUGCCCUACUUCAAUCGCCCUCCUUCAGCCCUCCCCCUGAUGGGUCUGCCCCCACCCCCAAUUCCACCCCCACCUCCUCUCUCCUCAAGCUUUGGGGUCCCUCCUCCUCCUCCUGGCAUCCACUACCAGCAUCUCAUGCCCCCUCCUCCUCGAUUACCUCCUCAUCUGGCUGUACCUCCCCCUGGGGCCAUCCCGCCUGCCCUUCACCUCAAUCCAGCCUUCUUCCCCCCACCAAAUGCUACAGUGGGGCCUCCACCAGAUACUUACAUGAAGGCCUCAGCACCCUAUAACCACCAUGGCAGCCGAGAUUCGGGCCCUCCGCCCUCCACAGUGAGUGAAGCAGAAUUUGAAGAGAUCAUGAAGCGAAAUAGAGCAAUUUCCAGCAGUGCCAUUUCCAAAGCGGUAUCUGGAGCCAGUGCAGGGGAUUACAGUGACGCGAUUGAGACGCUGCUCACAGCCAUUGCUGUUAUCAAACAGUCCCGGGUCGCCAAUGAUGAGCGUUGCCGUGUCCUCAUCUCCUCUCUUAAGGACUGUCUUCAUGGCAUUGAAGCCAAGUCCUACAGUGUGGGUGCCAGCGGGAGCUCGUCCAGGAAGAGACACCGGUCCCGAGAGCGGUCGCCUAGCCGGUCCCGGGAGAGCAGUAGGAGGCACCGGGACCUGCUUCAUAACGAAGAGCGGCAUGAUGAUUACUUCCAAGAAAGGAACCGGGAGCACGAGAGACACCGGGAUAGAGAACGGGACCGGCACCACUGAGAAAGGAGUCUGGUUGGAAGCAAAUGUUUUUUUAAUGGACUUGCAUCUCCUCACCUUGAUCAGGACUAAAGGACGGAGGCCACUCCACCCCUCCCCCUUCCUCCAAGCCCCUAGCCCCCUUCAGACACCCAGGGAAUACCCUCUGCCCUACAGGAUUGAAGACUGCCUGGCAGCCCUCCCAAUCCCACACCUCCUGUUUGUCAGGGGAAGGAACCUAAAGACUUUGUGUGGUUGGGAGGGGUGGCAGACAGGAAGAAAACAUGUCCAGGCCCCUGGUCUCCAUAGAGAAUGGUGCUUUGUCCAAGGAAACGUAGGAGUUUCUGAUUCUCCAGGAGCAGUUCGGUGGUGAGGUUGAUGGGAAGACUUUCUUCCCAAAGAAAACGGAUCCUCCAUGCAGGAUCUAGGAGAGUGACUGGGUGUGCCAAAAUAUGCCCAGGGUCCUGCCCUCAGCACUAGGUUUGAUGGGGCCAAGAGGGUCCAAACCCCUUGCUAACAUACCACUUCUUUGUUUAACUCCUUUACCUUCCCAGCCCUUUGAGGAGGAGGGACCCUGAGAACAGAAAUUCCCUUAGGAGGAGCUUCUCCUGUUCUUGCUUUUCCCUCUUACAUAUUGACGGUUCGUUUCCCUGACCUCCCAGAGGGCUGAACCUUUCCACCUCCCUGCUGCCCAGACGCCUCAGUGGACUUGCCCCUCCUAAGCAAAGAAGGCCCUUGAGGUUGCUUGCUGCUGGGGAGCCCGGCAGAGCCAGUUACCACCCUCUGCUGCUUCGUGCUUGGUUGCCUCUUGCAAUAACCAGCUGUACUAGGUGUUCCCUUUCUUGGGGCUUUUCCAUUUCACACGUGGAGCCCCUCCCCCAGGAAGGCUGCUUCCUUGUUUUAGAGGAAGCUACUGCCCUUGGGAGACGGGGACAGACAGCGGACCUCAGCACUGAAGAACCCUUGUGAACUACCAGGAGGGGUGGGAAAGGAGGCAGGCUGGGCAAGCUGUGGCCUACUUCCAUAGAGGCUUUUCUGUUUUCAGGUUCGAUGUGAGCAUGGGCUUGCAUCCCCCAGGUACAUACGUAUUUUACUUAACUGUGGGAGAACCUGGCACUAGUAGGCAGGUGAAGUCACAGAUUUGGUGUCUUUCCACCUUUUGACUGUUGACGUAUUAAUAGUUCCCCUCACUCUACGUGGAGGUGCUUCCUGCCUCUGAUGAGGAGUGAGGAGGAAGUGGAGCCUGACUCAGAUGAGCUCAGCUCAGAGUUCUAAGGACCACCACUCUGGGGGCAUUUUCUACACAGGCAAAUGGAAUUGCUUUUCCCCUAACAUCCAAGUUGUGGUGUGGUUGCUGUGGAUGGCGGCCGCAGCGGUCCUGCGCUACCGCGUGCACGUACAGGGCAUAUGACACCUAGCAGGAGGAGAGACGUGGCAUGUGAGACGGUAGGGUCACUGGAGACCCUUCUGGCUCAGAUGGAAGAGACUGAGUUGGACUGAACCCUUCCUCUGUUCCCUGCACGUAUCUGACGAAGCCCUCAGUCAGUCAGUGAGGGGGGUCCCCCCCACGGUUGGACAGGCAUAUUCCCUUGGGACAGAGGCUACACGUUUGUAGCUUUUUUCCCCUGUCCCCAGCCCCAUCCCCACCUCCACUUCAGAACAUGGCCCCCCGCCCAACUGGCCAAGUGUUAAGUGAUGUGCUUAUCCUCGAGAGCAGCUCCGGGUGUCUUUUUAAAAUGUAGAGAAAACGGAGUACGGUGACAGUUUAAGGAAAAAAAAUAUAUAGAAUACCAGAAAAGCCGUUUACCCGGAGAAUUUUUUUCUCCCCAUUUUUGUUUUGUUUUUACUCAAUGACACAAAUUUUAGUUUUAUUUCCUGAUAGCAAAAGGAAAAAAAACCCAGCCCUCAAAAAGGCCGAGGCCCCGUCCCCCUGUUGUCGGUGAUCUGUUUGUCUUUCUGAUAGGUUGAAAAUUGUGUAAUAAACUUGAUGACGCUGUCAAUCUUUUAUACUGCAUUGUAUUUUUUUUCCUUUUGUAACAAAAUAUUUUUAAAUAAUAAAUGGGGUGUGAGCUGUUUUAUGGAUUCUGCAUUGAAUAGCUUUGUUGAGGUGUCUGGGACAUGGGCCGGGGCUGAUGUAGAGGCUGUGGGAUGACACUGAAGCCCCUGAGUUCUGAGCUGGAAUCCCAGGUCGGGCGUGUGGUGGCCCGCGUGGCCUGCGGGACACUAGGGGGCCUCUAGUGCAGAUCUUUGGAAGUGCACCCUUGAGGCUUAGCUUGCUUCCUUGGCCAUCUAAACUAAGGGAAGAAAAAUUCCAAGUUGUCCUUUGUCCUUCAGGAUUCCUAAGAUUCAUUCUCCGAGUAAACGUCCUCCCCUUACAGUUCAGUUCUGAAGUUCUCAAAUCCAGGAAGGGAAGACUCCUCUGCUCGGAGUCUGGAAAUACGCUUGCCAGUGCCUGCUUGGGAGGGGUGAACAGCAUAACCUAACUGAGCUGAGAACAGUAGCUAUUCUGCCUUUUACACAGCGGUGUUUUAAGAAUCUGAAAGAGUACGGGCGCCUGGGUGGCUCAGUCAUUAAGCGUCUGCCUUCCGCUCAGGUCAUGAUCCCAGGGUCCUGGGAUUGAGCCCCCUGAAAUGAGCCCCCCUGCUCACCAGGAAGUCUGCUUCUCCCUCUCCCACUCCCCCUGCUUGUGUUCCCUCUCUCGCCGUGUCUCUCUGUCAAAUAAAUGAAUAAAAUCUUUAAAAAAAGAAAAUCAGCAAAUGUGAACAUGUUUUGGGAACUGGGUUGCUGUCUGAACAUCGGGAAGUACAGAUUAGGAAGUUUAGGAGAGAGUUGUGGGUGAGCUCCUUGGAAUUCCAGAAAGCUUCUGGCUUUUCAAAAAGCCAGCUGAGCCAAGAGGAGAGUUACAUGUAUAAAAAGAUGAACCAGAGAUCAGGUGAUACGUAAUGUGUAUUGGGACCUGCAAAGGCAAGAUCAGCAUAAAAACAAGAAACCUUCCGGGGGCCCAGAAUCUCUAUGACAAUGCACAGUGUGAGGGAAAUAGGAGUGGGCUCUCAAGGCAAGUUCCGUGGUCCCGUGCUAUGCUUGCUAAAAUUCCUGUUCUUGGGCUGCGUCCACUUCUACAUGAAGUCUAGAAAUCCACUUUUUAUGUCCCCAGAUGACUUUCAUGUAAACUAAAGCGAGGACUGGUAGUUUAGAGAAGGCAACACAUUCUUCAUCGAAGCGUUACCAUAGUGGAACAGAAAGGGAAUGACCUUUGGGUUACUCUUGGUUCAAAUCCCAACUCUUACUUUUUAAGCUAAAUGCCCUCAGACAGGAAGUGACUUAACAUUCGAGUUGAUUUUCUUCUGCCUCACAGGACCACGGUAUGGAUUAAACCUACUCUGCCAGGCACUGGAUGAACAUUAGUCUCCUAUACAUUGCAGUCAUGGUACAGAGCCAGAAACCCCAAUCUGUGUGUCCCAAGUGCUUCCUGAUUUGGGCCAGACCUCAGCCUCUAGAGAUGGCCACCGCAGUCACUUGUCAAGUUCUAGCCAUGAGUGUGAAUAUCUGAGCAGGUCUCUACCAGCCCAUGUGACCAAGCCCUACUCCUUCACUCAGAUCCCUCUCCACGGUUCCAGAAUAUUGAUCCUUCAGGUCUAGAUGGGCAGUAAAGUGACUUCCCUUGGACUUCAAAUACAGCAUCUGACCACAUUAACCCUGAAAGACUAGCUAUGCUCAUUCCCAUCCCCUGCUGCCUCAGUUUCUGUUGUAUGAUGUUUUAUUCUGGGGUGACUACACCUGCACGUGUGGCUCCAGCAAGCACCGGGAAGAAUGAACAUCCGUGGAGCCAUCCACAGGAAGCACAAUGCAUUAAGCUCCCGGAGAACCAGGAAAUAAAUGAGAGGACUUCCUGCUCUAAUUCUGUCCUCAUUUCCAACCACUCAUUCUCCUUAAGUGGUACCUGUUGGGGAGUAGAAUUUACUUGAUCUAGACUGAGACUCCGAAGACAAGAUUUCUAGAUCCAACUGUUAGUAACCAGUUGUGUGAUGCUUGGCUGUUCCUUUCUCGUCUCUAAGCCUGCAAAGUGGGGGAUUAGAUUCCUUUCUAAGUUCCCUUUUAAUUAUAAGCCACCUCUAAACUUCCAGCUGAGCCUUGCAUUCAUUUAUCUUGUGUUGCCAGGAGAGUGACUGUAACCACUGAACCUCUAAAAGAAAUGGGCGGCCAUGGAGAACAAGUCCCUGUCUAGCUUGAUGCCAACAACUUCUUCAAAGCGCCGCUAGAGAAAGCAGCAGUGUGAGCAGCAGAAAGUCAGGGGAUUAGCGGGGUUUGUCACUGAAAUAUCAAGGGGGUUCCAACUGGAUUUUUUGUUACGGUUUCACUGUUUCAUGGUGGAUUAGACCUGUCUACUAUAGUUUUUGGAUAGACUCCAAAAGCAGCCAGGAGGCAAGGACACAGAAGGGGUAGGAAACAAGAAAGAUGGUAAGUGCUUUGGACAGUGGAGACCUUCACAGGAUGAGAAUGAGCUUGAUCACAGGAAACAAGGAGAAUUAAAAGCCAGCAUGGAAAUGCUUAAAGAUCAAUUAACUUUUGACUUUGAGCAAGAGCAGAUAUUCAUCUGACAGCAGAGGGACCAUAUGGCUCAAGGUUUUCUAAAAUGGAUUCUGUCAUGGCUCCUGGUGGCUUCUUGGGAGGAAAGAAAAAAAAAGCCACUAUUGAGUAAGAUGAGGAAGUUUUAAAGACGGUUACUUGGAAAAGGAAAUGAUAUAUGCAUGUAGGGCAGUAUUUCUCCAGCUGAAAAGAAAAGGAAGGAAGGGAGGGAGGGAGGAAGGAAGGAAGAGGGGGAGGGAAAGGAAAGGGAAAGAAAGAAAGGGAAGAAAGAAAAAGAGGAAGGAAGAAAGGAAGGAAGGGAAGAAAGUAUGUUUCCUUUUACGUUAACUUGAAAUUUUAAAAUAAAUGACCAAAAAAUACUGGCAAGUUUUGAAUAUGCUUCUUCCAAGUAUUCAUGCCUCAUUCUGGUAAGCUGACAAUGAUCUGUAGGAGGAAUGAAAGAAAAGAUGCUGGCUUUGAGGCAGAGGUGAAGAAUAUAAGCAGGCUUUUAGGAUGACAGGCUUGAAGAAGAUACAGAAGUUGGCAGUGCCUUUAGGGAUUAAUUCAGGCUAGAGCUGGAGUAAGAAAAUCAUCACUGCUUUUGUGUCCACACAGAAUCGCUCAGCACAGCCUGAGAACCAACCGCGGGGAGAGUCCCUACCUUCCCUUGGAGGCAGUGAAAUUCUAGGGACAGGUGCCAUAAGGAAAAGGCUGCAACUCCAAUGACAGAAAAUACACGUUUAUUAUAAAAUAAAAUAAUGUUUGUUUCACGAUGAGAAUAGAAAAAUAACACUAUGAGCUGCUAAAAAAGUUCUGGAACUCAGUCUCUGAGGAACAAGGUGACAAGCUUGUGCAUCACCCUGGGAGCAGACCAUCCCGAGGCUCUCUGUGCUCGUAUGACGGCUGGCACAGCACCUACGGGGGGUAUAUGGCUCUGGUCCUGCUGGAAGCCCAAGGAGCCUACGGGGUCCACACAAGAUGCUCUGGCCACGAGGAUCAAAGAACUGGAGCUCAGCAGGGAACUGGUUCUGAGACGGGCCAGGAUGGGCCGGCCUUGCCCCUCCCUACACUGGAGUGUACAACAGUCUCUUAGGCUGAUGGUCCUGGUUUAGAAUAUGAUGCCCAGUGGCCUCACGCUCAGUUUGUUGCCCAAAUGUCUGUGUUGAGGAAAAGCUGCAACCGUUCCCAGGACAACCUGACCCACCAAUUCUCACUGGUGGGGCUAAAGACCAGAAGAAUCUGUGGUCUCAGCCCAUGAGGGCUGCUGGCUGCAGUGUUUGUACUUCAAAUCCUGUCCAUACUGAUGGCAGAAAGAAAGAAAGAAAACGUUAAAAGACCAGUGAACAAGAGCAGCUGGUCUGAACUGUUCUAUAUUCCAAGCUUCUUGGCCCCAGAGAACAAGGAAAAUGUCUUCCCUGAGUAACUGUCUACCCUGAAUAAGAAAAGCAAUCCCACGGGCACCCCUUUUCCCCUUGAAAGUCCUUCAGACCCCUCAGGCUUCAGAAGAACAAUGAGUCCCUCCCUAGGAUGAGAUGGGAACCCAACCCUCAGGUGGCAGGAAAUGGUCCCUCAGCGCGGUACCUGGAGAAAGCCGUCAGGGUGAGCACCUCAAGCAGCAGCUCUGAACCACAGAAGAAGAGCAAGAUGCUGUUCAUGAUGGCUUCCAGGCGGAGCACGUAGGUCUGCAGCAGCAGGUAAUAGGAGGCCAUCAUGGCAGAUGGGAAGGUCAAGGCCACGCUAAUACCAAGUGGCAUCUUUCGUUGGCAGAGGUUCCCCUUUGUACC